AUGGACAAAAUCAGCGGACCACAACGUCAAUCCCUUGCGUCUGAGAAGAAGACUGGAGACUACGUGUACUUCGAACGUAAUCCAGGAACCUUCUCUAAGGACACGAUUGCUCGGACCACUGCCGCAAAGAUGAAGCUGGAGCUCUACUAUAAAGUCGCGGUGGAAUCGGCCAUCGAAAGGAACAACAGACGCGUUGAGCUCGAACGAAGGCUCCAAGCAGACGUGCUAGUGUCCGAUGACCGCAAACAACGCCAACUGAUCCAGCACGCAAAGAAAGAGUCACAAUUUCUACGACUACGAAGAACGAAAAUCGGUCUAGCAGACUUCCGGACGGUGAAGGUUAUUGGCAAGGGUGCUUUCGGAGAGGUUCGUCUCGUGCAGAAGACCGACUCUGGAAAGAUCUACGCGAUGAAAACCCUGCAAAAGGCUGAAAUGCUCAAGCGAGAUCAGCUAGCGCACGUUCGAGCAGAACGUGAUGUUCUUGCUGAGUCUAACUCUCCAUGGGUCGUUCAACUGUAUUACUCCUUCCAAGACGCCACUUACCUCUAUCUCAUCAUGGAAUUCCUGCCGGGUGGAGACUUGAUGACGAUGCUGAUUAAAUACGACACGUUCUCGGAGGAUGUGACACGUUUCUACAUGGCUGAAUGUGUCCUUGCUAUUGAGGCUGUUCACAAUCUCGGGUUCAUCCACCGCGAUAUAAAGCCUGACAAUAUUUUAAUAGACAAAGAUGGCCACAUAAAGCUAUCCGAUUUCGGUCUUUCUACCGGCUUCCAUAAACAACAUGAUUCCGCAUAUUACGCCAAGCUGUUGAACGGCGAAAAUCCUUCAAGUGCCCGAGACCCGGCUCGCAAUAGUGUCUUGGUAAACCCAAUACACCUGACUAUGUCCAGCCGUGAACAGAUUGCAACAUGGAAGGCGAACCGUCGAAAACUGGCUUUCUCCACUGUCGGAACGCCUGACUAUAUUGCCCCCGAAAUAUUCCUUCUUCAGGGCUACGGCAAGGAGUGUGACUGGUGGUCUCUCGGAGCCAUUAUGUUUGAAUGUCUCGUUGGUUACCCACCAUUCUGCUCAGAAAAUACGCACGACACGUACAAGAAAAUUAUCGAUUGGCAGAAACAUCUCGCCUUCCCAGAUGAUGUUCAUCUCAGUCACGAGGCUGAGCAUCUCGUGCGAAGCAUGAUAACAUCUCAAGAGCAUCGUCUUCCGGUUGAGCACAUCAAAGCUCAUCCCUUCUUCUAUGGGGUCGACUGGGAUGCUCUCCGCCAAAUCGACGCACCUUUUGUUCCACACCUCAGGUCACUGACCGACACUUCCUACUUCCCGACUGACGAACUCGAGAAUGUUCCCGACCAGCCUGCUGGAGCCGACACGUCACCUACCAACAAAGAACUGGCGUUCUUAGGAUACACAUUCAAGCGCUUCAUGGGCGCAUCUCACGCAUUUUGAUUCGUCGCCUCCCCCAACCUACCUCAAUGCAUUUCUUUUCUCCGUCCGCAUUGUAUUCCUAUACAUGUCAUCAUAUAAUGUCAAAAGGUCCUCUACACAAUGGUGGCUGGGGCUUCAGUACAACAAAUGAUCGAGAGCGGCAACAAGAUACAGAAAUAUCAGCAAUUACACUAGACUUUAA